AUGCAGCUCCUCCUCCUCCUCCUCACGCUCCUCGCCGCCGCCAUCGCCGCGCGCGGCUCCGACGACCCGUUCCUCUCCGGCGCGCAGGCGAACCACAGCUACAACAUCGACUGCGGCGGCGCGGCGGACUUCACCUCGAGCUUCGGCCGGCCAUGGCUGGCCGACCGCUACUUCUCCCCCGGCGGCGCGGCGGGGAUGGUGGCCGAGCCGCACCGCUUCCCGAGCCCGCAGGAGCGGACGCUCCGCUUCUUCCCGCCCUCCUCCGCCGGCAAGUCCUCCUGCUACUCCCUGCCGCUCCCGCCGGGCCGCUACUACCUGCGCGUCUUCUCCGUCUACGACAACUACGACUCCAAGCUGCGCUCGCCGUCCUUCGACGUGUCCGCCGCCGCCACGCUGGUCCUCUCCUUCCGCUCCCCCUGGCCGGAGACCGCCGCGCGGUACGGGGCCUACUCCGACCUCAUCUUCCCCUCCCACUCCUCCCCCACCUCCGCCACCCCCAACACCACCGACACCACGGACAUCUGCUUCUACUCCCUCUCCACCGACGCGCCCGCCGUCGGCUCCAUCGAGGUGGCGCCGGUCCACCCGCUGGCCUACGACGGGGCGGCCACGGGCGCCGGGGUCGUGCUCGUCAACUACGGCCGCCUCACCUGCGGCAACGGCCUCUUCGGGCCGGGCUUCACCGACGACCGCGACGCCUUCUCGCGCGUCUGGCAGGCGGGCACCGACUUCCGCAACAACGACCUCGCCUACGACGCCGUCACCGCCGGCGGCCGCAAGAUCUUCGGCGCCGAGCAGCCGCCCAACUACUUCCCCGCCAAGAUGUACGCGUCGGCCGUCACCACGGGCGGGGACGCCUCCAGCGCCGAGAUCGAGUACCUCAUGCCCGUCGACACCAGGCUCUCCUACAUGCUCUGGCUGCACUUCGCGGAGGUCGAUGCCGCCGUCGGCAGAGCCGGGCAGAGGGUGUUCGACGUAAUGCUCGCGGGCAGGAACGUCACCAGGAUCGAUAUUUUCAAGCAGGUCGGGGGCUUCACCGCCUUCAAGUGGACGCAUGUCGUCGAGAACCUCACCAGCAGCACCUUGAGCGUCAGGCUCGUGCCGGUCGUGGGGCGGCCCAUCCUGUGCGGGCUCGAGAACUACGCCAUGGUGCCGCUCGAGACCAGGACCGUGCCCAACCAAGCGGCUGCGAUGAAGGCGCUGAAGGAUUCGCUGAAAAUUCCAGCAAGGAUGGGGUGGAAUGGGGAUCCUUGCGCGCCGAGGACGUGGGAUGCGUGGGAGGGAGUCACUUGCCAUCACGGUGACAAGGGCCUUGUCAUCACUCAGCUGGAUCUUGGAAGUCAAGGUCUGAAAGGUUUCAUCGCUGAUGAAAUAAGUCAUCUUACAGACUUGGUAAGCUUGAACAUGAGCUCUAAUUCCUUGACUGGAAGCUUACCUCCGGGUUUAGGCCAACCUUCACUUGCAACACUGGAUCUGUCCUCGAACCAGUUUACCGGGAGUAUUCCUGGCACCAUAGGCUCAUCCAAAUUACAGACUGUUUUACUAAACAGCAAUCAACUUGAUGGGCAAGUUCCAGAAAUACUUUAUUCAGUUGGCGUGCAUGGGGGCGUGAUAGAUCUCUCAGGUAACAAAGGCCUGUGUGGAGUGCCUACUCUACCUGCAUGCGCAUUGUUCUGGGAGAAAGGAGGCUUGAACAAAACCGGCAAAAUUGCACUAGGAGCCUCCUUUGGACUUCUUCUGCUUGUCAUACUUAUAGUGGUCUACAUAGUGUGUAUAAGGCGGGGACCUUAUGACUACGAUUUUGAGUUUCCUCAAGAUUUGACUUCAAUAUCGGCAAUCUCAGCAAAACGGAACAGGUACCAGCGGGCAAAGUCUGUCAUGCUCGCGGAGAUGGAGGCGCACAGCACAGAUGGUUUGUAUACGAACGGCGAUAGGAGUACCCGCUAAGUGACGCACGUUGGAAAUGGACCGACUGUUGUAUUUAUGGAGGGGACACUCAUGAGUCGUGACGGCUGCAGGCUUGAAGCAGGGACAGCAUGCUGCGGAUUGAUUUUGCCAGCAUCAUUGCCAUGAUGCCCCCCCUGUGGCUUCAGUCACCAGCAGCUUCAGUGUAACAUAUGUCAUGUGUACCGCAUCAGUAGUGUAUUGUAAUGUGAGGUGGUGGUGGUGGUUGUAGCAGUAUUACGAGGCCUUGCUUCUUCUCUCGGGGCUUUGCUCCUGGAUCAUUUUGUUAGUUUUAGCCUAGGCACAGGUCCACUGAACGAAUCAUGAUGUAAAGGUGACCAAAAGCAGGACAGAUUUUCAGCUGAUGUAUUAUGGGGCGUGAACUGUUAAGCCUGUGUGAUGGGAUGACCGUAA